AACAGUGACCUGCAGUUUGCAUAGACUUCUUCUCCAAAGUCUACUGGUUCAUUUCUCACGAUCUCAAUGGAGUGUGACUCGAAUUCAAACUUCUAACCAGGAACUAUUUCACAAAUUCCUCUCAUUUCAUCGACUAACCAUCAGUUGAGAAACCUACUUUGGAGGAUUUAUAAAACCAUCUCCACAAGGAGUGCUGCUCUUAUACCUGGAUCAGCUAUUUGCUUCAAAAACAAAGAGGAAGCAGAAGCAAAAAUGACUGUUAAGUACCAAACCUCUGCAGUGACAACGAUGGAAAUAGAGGAUGAGACUGGUGGCUUCAAGCAUCUUUUAAUGGAUGGCACCAAGCUUCGACAUUCAGUUUAUGCAUUGAAAAACAGUCCUUUCAGGGCUGCUACACUCGUCCUGGGGUUGCUGUGUGUUGUCCUGGCGACUGGGCUCAUCGCUCAAUCAGUCCAUUACUGGGGAGUAAAUAAAGACACUCAGAAUAAGUUAGAAGCCACGAGAAUGGAGAAAGACAACUUACAAGAGAACCUGAAGAGUGUUCGGAAUGAGAAGAGGAAUCUUGUCACCAGCCAGGAGCAGUUGCAACAAAAUUUCAACUAUGUAUCUAAAAUGAAAACUCAAAUGCAAACCAACAACAAUCUACUUACGGCUGAAACCAAGCAACUGAAAGAGAGUCAAAGCCAGUUGCAAGCCAGUAACGCUGCUUUAAACAAAGAGCUUAAGCAGCUGAAGGCCAACAAGGAGCAGUUGCAGACUAAUAAUGAUGCCUUGUCUACUGGCAGAGACUUACUACAGCAAAAGUACGAUUCAUUGGUCAAGAGCAAAACCACCUUGCAAACUAACUAUGACACUGCGACGAAAGAGAGGGACCACUUGCAGAACAAAUUCAAUAACGCCACACGGUCCAAGGAGAAGCUGCAAGUGAGUUACAACAGCCUGAUAAAGGAUGUGGAACACCUACAGGAGCGAUAUAUGACCUCCUCCAACGAGAAAGACCACCUUGCCAGCAGUCACCAAAAUCUGACGUUGGAAAAAGCAAAUUUGCAGGCCACAUACACGACGCUCAGCAAAGCCACAGAUGAAUUGCUGGCCUCCUACAAUUCCACCGUUGAAGAGAAACAAGAACUUGAAAAGACUCUGAAAAAUGUGACUGAGGAGCGAGACCUGCAGAGAAUGAUCAUCACCAAUCUGACUGCUGAGGUGGAACAGCUGAGGGCCUCCAUCACCAUACUGAACGCAACUAAAGCUAAGAUUUGUCCCAGUAACUGGAAGAAGUUCGAGACAAGCUGCUAUUAUUCUUCAUCGUUAUCCAAGAAGACAUGGUACCUGAGUAGGAGCUACUGUCAAGGAAACGGAGCUGACCUGGUCAUCAUAAACAGCCAAGAGGAAAUGGAAUUUGUUAAUGGCUUGUUUUCAAAUAACAAGGAGGUCUGGAUCGGACUGACUGAUCAGGGUGUGGAGGGCCAGUGGAAGUGGGUGGAUGGGACCUCUCUGACCACAGCGUAUUGGGCAGAUAGCCAGCCCAACAGUUACAAUGGAGACCAAGACUGUGUGGAGUUUUGGCACCGCUCAUCUGGAAAGGCUGAAUGGAAUGAUGAAAAAUGUAGUUCACAGAGAUACUGGGUGUGUGAGAUGUAGCUUUGUAAGCUGUUGAAGGAAUGUUAUUUUCACGCUAACAUAUAAUACACUCAAUAAAAUAAAUACAUUGAUUUUUUUCCAUCAUAUUUCUGCAUGCUAACUAUUAUAUCGGACACAGAGGAUACAUUUUCUGGCCUGCUUAUUUUAAUAAUCGUUAAGCCAGAGCCAACAUUGUCAAGCUAAUAGUCUCACACAAUGCCGCCCACGGUAACAACAGGAUUUUAAGAGGUAUUUACGAGUGGAAAACACAAGUUUCAGAAGACAACAACCCAGGAUGGGACGCGAUGCCAUGGGAACCAAACCAAAAGGGAAGCUAAGGACUAUAGCUGCUGGGAAGAGGGUGAGGAAAUAAGACGUUUUGAAAGGAGCCAGAAUGCCACUCGAUGUCUCCCUUCCAAGAUGGCCGCUUGAGAGUGUAUAUUUUUGCUUCAAUGAAUCAGACUGUAAAAUAAAUUGACCACAACUAUUAUUAGAAAAUGUUGACUCUUUUUGAAAUAGUGUCUGUGAUAGUAAUUGAGCUUCAAGACACGUUGGAGGACAACCUGGAUUGAAAUCUGGCAUACAGUCGUCCUUUGUUUAUGGCGGCUAAUUGGUUCCAGGCC